AUGGCUCGCGGACAUCAGAAGAUCCAGUCGCAGCAAAAGGCUCAGAAGAAGGCCGAGCAAGCCAAGAAGGCUCAAGGUUGCGACCAGAAAACUGCAGCUCUCAAGGUUAUUCCAAAUUUAAAAUUCGGCUAAUUUUUCCAUCUUUUUGAUUCUUGAAAGCAUACGUUUCUAGUCUUCAAGUCGAUUUGAAAACUUAUUGGUCGAAGUUUCAGGCCUUGAACCACAAGUGCGUUGUUUGUUUCGCUAUGAUGCCGGAUCCAAAAACCUACAAGCAACAUUUUGAGAGCAAGUAAGAUCUGCUAUUGACUUGCGACAAUGAAGGUCUGCAUUUCAGGCACCCGAAAGCCCCCCUGCCGACGGAACUCGUCGAGGUCGUUGCUUAA